AUGGACAGGGUAUCCAGAUCUCUCCAAGCUACCCAGGGCCUUUGUCUCCUGCUUUUGACCUGCCUGCUGGCCCUGGCAGCAUCUUUUCCUGAUGUUGACAUAAGGAACUUGUACCUCCUCAAUGGCACGAUGGAUGACAUUAUGAAUGCUCCCCCAGAGUCCUCCCAGCUUGAUGAUGGUGAUGGACACGUCCGGCAGGCCAGGGACAUCGCGCACCACCCACCAGUGAGCCAUGGGUGGCCCAAGGACUGCAGUGAGAUCCCCCGGGGGAGCCACAGCGGCGUGUACAUCAUCCAGCCCAAAGGGCUGCACCACCUGGUGGUGUACUGCGAGAUGAACGUGACCCACGGGGGCUGGACCGUCAUCCAGAGGAACCAGAGGGACACCCCUGUCACCUGGGCCGAGGCCUGGAGCACCUACAAGUUCGGCUUCGGGAACGUGCGCACCGAGUACUGGCUGGGCACCGAGUACAUCCACCAGAUUGCCAAGCAGAAGGUCUACCAGGUCAGGUUUGUCAUCCAGGACUCUGCAGACAACCUCAGCUUCGCAGACUACAACCUGUUCAGCGUGGAGGACGAGGAGCACGGCUACCGCCUCAGGCUGGGCUCCUACAACGGCACAGCCGGGGAUGCCAUGACCUCAGACAAUCCCAACAACAUGCACGACAACAUGAAAUUCUCCACAAAGGACCAGGACCAGGACACUUACAGUAAGAACUGUGCCUACAGCUACGAGGGAGGGUGGUGGUACUCGUCCUGUUACUCCGUGCGGCUGAAUUACAAGGGGGGCCUGACAUGGGGCAACCUGUGCAAGGGGAACUGCAAAUCCUCUCUUAUCCUCAUUAAACCAGCUUCUUAUUGUUAG